AACCCGUUCCAUUUGUAGGCGCACAGUAAACAAUCAUUCAUAACCUUAUAAAUAAAAUAAUAAAUAACAAAUUAAAAAAUUUAGUUAUUGAAGACUUGCAAUGCAACAAUCUUUAUGAAAGCGUUUUUAGCUGAUGAAUAACGGAGUUUUGUAGGUACCCCUUAUCCUUCGAACGCCCAAUUAAUUGAUCCUACAAAUGGAGAGUGUGUUAGAAGUGUUUGUACGAGACGAUGAUGUUGAAACCCAAGUAGAACCCCAUUCGAUCAAAGAAUUGUUUACAGAUGAGUAUCAGUCAUCGCCAACGUUCGACUUAGAAGACGGUUCGAAUGGCAGCGAUACUUCACAGCCCGACGAGGCUGUGAAAUUAAAUCCAAAAAAAAGAAAGAUCAAGCUCGAUUCGGGGUAUCCAAAGAAAAGGUUUUAUUCGCAAAAGUAUCGUAAGGAAUGGGAAACGGUGCCGGCGUAUAAACCGUGGCUUUCCGAAAGUGUUCUAGGCAGACAUUAUUUUUAUUGUAAAUUUUGUAAGAAUAAUAAUAAGUGUGGACGAACGGAAAUAGAGAAGCAUAUGGCGUGUAGGAAGCACAUACGGAAUUCUACGAUACCGCAAUAUAGAGUACAGAAAAAAUUCACAUUCAGAGGAUUAUUAUGUUCUGUGUUCACUCCCUUUAAAAAUCGGGAAAACGAUAUUAACUACAUGGUUAUACCAAAUUAUGCAAAGUAUUUACUAGCGUGUGGAGUCAAAGGAAUUUUAUUAAACGAUGUGGUUGGUGAAGGUAUGUCGUUAACCGUCGCGGAACGAAUCCGAGUGUUAGAAGAAUGGAUGAAAAUAUGUGAGAAAACCAAACAGUUCCUAAUGGUUCAGAUUGGAGGUGCAGCGUUUAAAGAUGUCCAAGAAAUGGUCAAGCAUGCGGAAAGGAAAAAAGUCGAUGCCAUUGUUGUAUUACCAGACUUAUACAACAAACCGAAAGAUCAUUUCGACUUGAUGCGGUAUAUCAAGUUAGUAAGCGAUUGCGCGACGACCAUUCCACUGCUAUACCACCAUUACCCCUCAUACACCGGUGUCAACAUUGACAUGGCCAAAUUUCUAAGCGACAUAUUAGGCGAAAUCGACUCAUUUGUUGGUAUUAUUUACAAUGACAAUAACUUAAAAGAUGCCACCCUGUCUCUGCUAGUAAAUCCAAAUAAGUUUACCGUUUUCAUUGGUGCAGAUGAAAUAGUACUAGGCGCCUGCGCGAGUGGGUUUUCGUCCAUUAUGGCAACAUCUCUCAAUUUCGUAUCCCACAUAGUCCAAAGUAUAUACAACGAUUUAAAGAGUGGCAAAAUCGACGAUGCUCAAAAAUGCCAAAACAUGUUAAACAAUAUUUUGGAAUGUAUAUAUAGGCAAGGUGACAUGCUUCCAACACUGAAAUCAGCAAUGAAUCUACUAUCGCCAAUUGACGUAGGUCCUGUUCGAGAUCCUUUGGUACCUGUCUGGCAAGAUAAAGUUUACAAGAUGAAGCUGGAGCUGCAGGAUUUUGAUGUUUUCUCAAGUAAUGCAACCGUGAAAACUGAAUGUCUAUAAGUUUAGUGACAUAUUUUGAUACUUUUACACAUUAGCAAUUCGUUUACGUUUCUUGUUCGAAGUGUAGGUAAUUAUUAUAUUUGUAUCAAUAGAAUACAUUAAUUUUUAA